AUGUUCUCAUCAAUUCAAUUAUUCUCUAUUUUAUCAAUUACACUAGUUAUGCUUUCUAUGCAUUUUAUAAAUGGUGUUCCCAUAAAUUUCGACUCAUCCGAUGACAUAAAUGCAGUAAUCGGUGAUCAAACUAAACUAAUUGAUGAUGAACCAAUAUUAUCAAAGCGAAAAUUGCCUGUUGAAGGUAUUCUAAUUGGUCGACGAGAAUUUUCAAAUGAUGAUAUUUUACUUGACAAACGUAAUUAUCCAAUCGAAGGAAUUCUACUUGGAAAACGUAAUUAUCCAGCUCAAGGAGUACCUUUACGUGAACAUAAUAUUCGUUUUUUCGCACCGAAACCAAUACGUUAUAAUUGA